UGAAUAAGAAUAUGGCAGCAGGAAACCACUGCACAGUGACUGAGUUCUUCUUGGCUGGGCUCUCAGAGAAGCAAGAACUCCAGAUGCCCCUCUUUCUCCUCUUCCUAGGAAUCUAUGUGAUAACUGUGGUGGGGAAUCUGGGCAUGGUCACACUGAUUGGGCUCAGUUCCCACUUGCACAACCCCAUGUACUAUUUUCUCAGCAGUCUGUCCUUCAUUGACUUCUGUCAGUCUACAGUUGUUAUCCCUAAACUGCUGGUGAGCUUUGUGGCAGAGAAGAACCUCAUCUCCUACCCUGGAUGCAUGACUCAGCUCUAUUUCUUCAUCAUUUUUGCCAUUGCAGAGUGUUACACGUUAGCUGCAAUGGCAUAUGACCGCUAUGUUGCCAUCUGUAACCCCUUGCUUUACAGUGUAACUAUGUCCUAUCAGAUUUACAUUUCCCUGAUUUCAGGAGUGUAUAUUUUUAGUGUGUUCUGUGCAUCAGUUCACACAGGCUUCAUGAUUAAGAUUUCAUUCUGCAAAUUAGAUGUCAUCAACCACUAUUUCUGUGAUCUUCUUCCCCUCUUGAAGCUUGCAUGUUCUAAUACCUAUAUCAAUGAAUUGUUGAUUCUGUUUUUUGGUACAUUGAAUAUCUUUGUCCCAAUUCUCACUAUUAUUACUUCCUAUAUCUUCAUUAUUGCUAGCAUCCUCCACAUUCGUUCCAUGGAAGGCAGGGCCAAAGCCUUCAGUACAUGCAGUUCCCACAUCUUAGCUGUUGUUGUCUUCUUUGGGUCUUUAGCAUUCAUGUACUUGCAGCCAUCAUCAGUCAACUCCAUGGACCAAGGGAAAGUGUCCUCUGUGUUUUAUACCAUUGUUGUGCCUAUGCUGAACCCCUUGAUCUACAGCCUGAGGAAUAAGGAUGUCAGUGUGGCCUUGAAGAAAAUACUUGAAAGAAAAGUAUUCAUGUAAGCAGAAAGUACUAUGAGGAUUAUUUAUUAGAGCAGUGAUCCACAAAUAUAGGGUUUGAGCUGAUACUAUUUAUUUUAAUCUACCUGUCCAUGUUAU